UAUCCGGUUUGGUUUUGACGUUCGCGUUCGACAAGAGACUGUCGUCGGGUCGGUUUUCAGAUCAAAUCGAAGAUAAUUUCCCCGAAAAGUUUAUUUUCUGAGCAGCAUAUCGCAGGAACCGUGGGGGAAGAUUUCCUAGGAGAGUCCUUUCGCCGAAAAGAGGGCAUCAAAGUGCGUUGGAGUGAUAGUUACGCUCCAAGAAGAGUACGAAAAAUUGCUUCGCUGCGAAGAAGUUCGGUGAAGCAAGACGAAAAAAAAAAGUGCCAGCUAUUAUUAGUGGUAAAUUGAGAGCGCAUAGUAGUAGUGCCAAGAGGGAGGGUUUCCGGCAAUCGUCAGCGAUAUCGAGAGCCUUUUUCUUCGUGUCACACAAGCCAGUGAAGAGCAGCGAAAGAAGAGUUUGUGAAGAGUUUCAUUAUUUUCAUUCCCCUACCUGCAGCAGAGCAAGCUUUUCUUACCUCGGCUCAGUGCCAGCAGCCAUCGGAAAACGGGGCGAAAGCGAAGAAGGAAUUUUUUAUGCCUGGUGCAAAUUUUUGAUGGCGAAUUCUGAUAUAGCAAGCAGAUAGUACCGCUUGACUUUGGGCGCGGAUGUGCAUCAUUCGAGAAGCGGAUCGCCCUUCCCGAGCUCGGAUGAUUAUGUCGCAGACGACGUCGAGUUUUUGAGCAAGACGAAGGUGUGGAGCAACAGAAGCAACAACAAAGUGGCCCAUCAGCCUCCGCCGAACAGCCGGAAAAAUGUUGACCACUGGACCAGUGUGUCAUGGAUCAUUCUAAUACGAAGCCGCAAGAGUGUUACGAGUUUCUUGAUUUGACCGACGUCGAUGAUUGCGUGAAGGACGCCCUGGCUUCUACACUGUACACACCCGCGGCUGCGGCUGGUGGGGGUGGCGUGGGAUACAAGGGUACAACAAGCCGCAAGCCACAUCGUCCCAGACGCAGACAAUCCAAUGCCUCCUCGGUGAUGUCGUCUUCGGACGGUUCCGGAGUGUAUGAAUAUGUCCCGUAUGAUUCCCGUCGGUAUCCAGUCUAUCAUCAUUCCCCUCCGGUGGCCACUUUCCCGUACCCUGUGACACCGGAAUGUCAUCAAAGCUCCCAGUUCCCGUACACUAUAGCUCCGCUCGUGGAUGGUGCCGGUCCGGCAGGGUUCGGCCGCUAUCCGGUCACUACGAAAAGGAACGGAAGUGCUAGAUCUUAUGAACACCAUGGAACUGCUGGGGGAAAACAGACACAUUAUCACCAACACCACCACCACCACCAGCAGCAGCAACAUCACCAUCAGCAGCAGCACCAACCGCAGUCUUGGUCACCACCGGUUGCGGUGGUCUCUAGUGCUUCUUCUUUCUACACACUGCCAAACAGUUCUGUGAACGGUAGCUCAGAAGCGUCCUACAUUGAAUUCGACGAGAGCGAGCAGCAGUACAGUUGCUUCAACAGCAGCUAUCGCGCUGUCAGUGCGAGAAGUUUCACCAGAUCAGCGGAAUCGUUUGUUUCGACGGCGCCGACGACAACAACGCCAACGGCACCAGCGACCACCGCGACGACUAUGCCUCCGCACACCAACAAUCCUCACUAUCAGACACAGCAACAACCACAACAUCAACAGCAGCAGCCACCCCAGCAGCAGCAGCAGCAGCAGCAGCAACAACAACAGCAGCAGCAAUCCCAACAUGGUCAACCACAGCCCCAGCAAAUUCCAUCCGGAAAUCAACCACAGAAUGGUCAUAAUAUAGCAGCAAAUGCGAGCAGAGGAUCGGUCGAGCAGCAGACCGUUGUUACACCGCAGCCCCAUCAGCCCAUGUACCAGUCGCAGCCCAUUCCGGCGGGUUAUAUGACUGGAGGACCGCAUGGAAAUGCGAUGUAUCCGAUGCCAGUUAUUCCGCAGCCGCUGCCUGGGAAUGUCUAUGUGAGCAACCUCACCGCUAACGUUAAUGUGCACGGCUUCAUGCCACACGGAAUGCCUUCAUACAUGGCUGCAGGAACGCCUCCUGGACCCGCAGGAGCGUUCAUUGCUGGUGACGUGCCAACCGGGCACGAGAUGCAAGUGAUGACACCGCGACCCGAUGCGCGUGGUGCAAUAAGACGCAACGGCAGGAACAAUAGAUUGGGAAGCUCUAGUCGGCCCCGUGGAGCAUACGUUGCUCAUCACAUAGCACAUCAUUCUGUCAUUCAGCCGGGUCAGCAGGGAGUUGUGAUGCAUCAACCACAGCAACCAGUCCAACAGACGCAAGCGCAAGGUCCACCACAGGGCACUCAACAGCCGCAGCAACAACAGUCUCAGGGCCAGGGCCAAAAUCAACCACAGUCUCAACAACACCCACCUCAGCAACACACGCCAGACAUUGUCCAGCAUCCCAUAGCGAUGGAACACCAGCAGAUGAUGAGUCCAGCUCAGCCCUAUGGAUACAGCAGUGGAUACUACAUCCCGUUGCAAUUCUAUCAACCUGCGUCUGUCGGACAUCAUCCAUCUGCACAACAUGCCGCCGGAGCUCCCAUAUUCCAAGUUCCCGUGUAUUCCGCCCCAAUGUAUGGCUAUUCACCAGGGGUGAUGUAUCCGACGGGGUACCAUCCGGAAUAUUCCAUGUAUGACGAUAAAGGGGAGGAACAUAAUCCCCAGCAGCCCCCGGAAGAGGGUGUAAUGCACCCAGGCAUGUGGCAACCGCCAACGAUGCUUGAAUACAACCCCGAAUCGGGAGAGUACAUUCAGCACGAGGAUGACGGCACUAUGAUCCAGCAGGGACCUCCACGACCAAUGCAACCGUUAACCCACGUGCUCGAUCCCAAUGUACCCAACUUUACCAUGCAAAUGGGACCUCCCACUCCGAUUCAGUCCGAGGAGUAUGGUCACGUGACACCUGUUCCUUCCGAAGAGUAUAAUGUGAUCAACAAUAACGCAAUAAUGUCUCCAGCUGCCAAUCUGAUAUCGUCUCCUUCAUCGAAUGCGUCGUCUCAGCAGAAUCUGAACCAGAACGAAAUAUACCUUGUGCCACAACAAACUCAACAGGAACCUCAUCAUCAGCAGCAACAGCAACAACAACAACAGGGACAGCAACAAACUCACGUACCGCUAAUGGAGAUGCCACAAGAAACGUAUAUCCAGCAUGAACCACAGAUUUCGAUGGUUGACAAUGAAAACAACUAUAUCAUCGAGCAGCAGCCACAGCACUCGUACAAUCAAGCAAUGAGCCCCCAACCUCAACAGCAGAUGCAGUCCCAAUCAGCACCACAAAUCGAUAGCAAUUUCAACUCGGAACCAAUGACCACUGAGUCACCGAUGCCUCCAAUGCCACAACAAACACAACAUCCCGAACAGCAGCAGAUGCAAUCGUCGCAAACGCAAACACAUGUUCCAGAUACAGCCUCACAUCCGGCCGUGAUAACUCCUACCCAGACACAAGUUCCUGCCGCAUCAAGAGUAACGCCUACCACACAAAUACCAAUACCAUUACCCAUAACAAUAACUCAUGUCCCUCCGCCUCAGCUCAACAAGCCACCGCCACCGAUUCCGAUCGAAUUUUUGAAGCUUGAGCAGCAACAACAACAGCAGCAGCAGCAACAACAACAACAACAACAACAACAACAACAACAACAACACCACCAUCAUCAUCAACAACAGCAACAUCAUCAACAGCCGCAGCAACAACAUCAUCCACAACAACAUCAACAACAACCGCAGCAACAACAGCAUCAGCAGCAGCCGUAUCAUCAGCAAUAUCAGCCAGCAGUGGCUAGUGACACAAACUACAACCCAAAGAAGAAAACUAACGAAGUGGCAUCGGUUGCCACCCCUGCAACCGUUAAUAGCAAAACCACUAGCAGCAGCAGCAGUGAUGUAACCAUCACUAAAUCAUUGUCGAACCAACAACAGCAGUCACAAGUCUUUGUGAACAGCAGCAGCAAGAGUCAGACUUCAGCAGACGAAGUAGCCCGUCUUACCAGGGCAGUUCAGGAGAAAUUUGUCCUCAAGGACGAUCGUCGUAAUGGGCCCUACCGGGGUUCAAACUGGUCGUACUCUGGCUCGCAUCAACCGCCAGCGACAACAAUAUCAUCGUUCACAUCUUCUACGACAACUGUAGUGCAGCACAACAGCCAACAGCUACAGCAGAAGAAGACUACAGCGUCGGUAUCCGUGUCAGCGAUUCCAAACAAGGAAUUCACCACCAGCAGUAGCACGACGGCCAGCAGCUCGUCUGGUACAACCGCUGGAAAGCCUUAUCAAAAGAAUACCUCGCCUGUUCCGUUCACAACGCUCGGGACCACAUCCGCUCCUCCGUCGAUGCACAAACAACCACUGGUGCCACAGAGAUCAUUCCCCGCAGCGGAUCCACCCAUUGUCACUUCCGGACCGGUCAUGGAGUCCAAGAAGGUGGAAGCUAUACCUCAACGGGAUGCACAAAUCGCUCCUCUCCCGCCACCAGGACCACCACCACUCCUGUCGGUGCCGCCCCCACAGCCCCCCUACUCGUCGGGACCCAUCAUCGUGCCAACACCAUUUGCUCCUGCACAGGUAACGACGACCACAGCGCCCCCAACCAUGUCCUGGGCUAGUCUGUUCAACUCGUCCGCCUCAUCAAGCUCAUCGGCCCCCGUCCCUAGCAUUGUACCGCCGGUGGUGAGCGCCGGUCCGGCUCUCCCUACGCCAUCCCCAUUCGCGUCCAGCUUCAUCCCAAGUCUUCAACGCAAUCAAGCAUCCUCAUCAGCUGGAACGACAGUCCACGGCGGCGGUAACUCAUCCUCGUCGUCGGUUGAUCCCCAGUCGAAGAAACCGAUCGCCAAAGUGCUUCCUUUUGACAAAAACAACAGCUCGGCCACCUCCGGAAUGUCAUACUCGGCAGCCUCCGCCCAAGGUCUUUCAUCGGGCGCCACUACCACUGCUGCUGCGUCUAGCAAUACAUCAAGUGCCUUGGCGGCCAGCAAGGGCAAGAAUGGACAGCCCGCUGGGGGCCAGCAGCUGCAGCCCCACAAGCCGGAACAGCUGGACGAGAACUCGCUCAAAUUGGGAGAGUUCUUCAGUGCGUACCAGAUUGAGAACAACAGCAUCAGCAUCCUGCCCCGUGGAUUAAUCAAUCGAUCCAACUAUUGUUACAUCAACGCUAUUCUGCAAGCGUUGGUCGCCUGUCCACCUUUCUACCACCUGAUGCGGGCGAUUCGAUCCUUUCCGGCGGCCAAAAAUAGCCGGCAUCCGAAGCCGUUCAUCGAUGCUAUGAGCGGUCUGUUCGCGGAAUUCAGCACACUUCAGCUGCGCACCAAGGUGCAGCGCGACAAAUCCAAGAAGGACGAAACGCCCGACAUUCAGCUCGACUCGCCUUUCGAACCUGUCGUAAUCCACAAGAUUCUCAAUCUUCUACGAUCGGAUAUUUUCCAGGUCGAAGGCCGCCAAGAGGAUGCCGAGGAAUUCCUGGGCUGUGUACUGAAUCGGCUCAACGAUGAGAUGCUAGAGUUGAUGAAGUUGAGCAAAAAUGAAUCCGAAGUCAAUGGAGGAGGCGGCAACGGCAGCGGAGAAGAGGCCGCCAACGGAGAGGUACAUGCCGAUGAUCAAGAUGAUUGGAAGGUUAUCCGCGGCAACCGUAAUAAGGGAACCAUCACCCGCACAACCGAUUUCGGCCGAUCGCCGAUAAGUGACAUCUUCGGGGGGAAACUACGAUCCCGCGUGCAUCGCGAGGGUGAUCAUCCGACCGACAAUAUUCAGCCUUUCUUUACGCUCCAGCUAGAUAUCGAGAAGGCAGCCUCCGUGAAGGACGCCCUCGAUCUGCUGGUCGGCAAGGAUCAGCUGGAAGGCGUGACCUGCUCCAAGACCAAACAGGAGAUCGCCGCCUGGCAGCAAGUCACCCUGGAGGAACUUCCGGUAGUGAUGAUUCUGCACCUCAAGUGCUUCGACUACAAGAUGGACGGUUGCACCAAGAUCCUCAAGAUGCUAGAGUUCCCAAUAGAGUUGAAGAUUGAUUCCAAACUAAUGUCAAAAGGCAAGACAUACACUGCCAAGCAGAAGCAGUACAAGCUAUUUGCGGUGGUUUACCACGACGGAAAAGAAGCCUCCAAGGGGCACUACAUCACCGAUGCUUUCCAUGCCGGUUAUGGAAGCUGGAUUCGGUAUGAUGACAGUACAGUCAAGGCUGUUCCGGAGUUCAAUGUGCUCCACCCGAAGGCACCUCGUGUGCCCUACCUGCUAUACUACAGACGACUGGAUACCCAUUACCAUGGAGCUGCCGGGGCGUCCGCAGCAACCGGAACCAAUUCCUCCAGCUAUGGUGGUGGAAACAACAGCAGCAAUACUACCAGCUCCAGUAGCAGUGGCGGCAAUAGCGGCAGUUACAGUUCUAGUGUAAAUAACUACGGUGUAAAUAGUGGAAGUCACCACGGCGGUGGCAACGGCGGUUCGAAGUGAACGUGCGGUAGUUUUUAAAGAGCUAGGAAUAGGUUUUUUUUACAAAACGAACACAGACCGAGAAGAUCUCCCUGCAGCGGGCCCUAGUCUAUUGACCCGUGAAGAUUGCGAGCUGAGAAUGGACAGCCGAAACGUGUGAAUCGCAUCGAAAAUAAUACGAACGAAAAAAGACGUUUACUACUUUCGUUGUUGAAUUGGGUGUGGCAUAGAAGUGUGUGUUGCAUGGGCACUUGCGAAAACGUAAAGAUGGUGUUUGUAGUGCUGCACGAGUUUAGUGAGCGUUGGGGUCUACGCGAUGAAAUCGCGAAAUUCAAUGAAAAAACUACACCAAACCCAAACUAGGGGGAUUUAUGGGCGGAGCGUGCAGAACUCGAAUCGUGCGCAAUCAAUGUGUGUGCGAAGGAAGUUUAAAGAAAUCAUAUUAUUUUUUCAUCCGUUUGUUUUGAUACUGUUACAUUUUGUUUCUUUUUCUUGGUAACUAAUCAUCAGUCUUAAUUUAGUUCCUCCUGAUAACAUAUUAUCAUAGUUUAGUAAUAAUGAGAUGCAUAAUAAUUCACCGCAGCUGAUUACUCUCUAAAAUCAGUGAUACUGUUUGAUUAAACUUUUAUUGACCCGUACAUACGCAACUGCAACUGCAACCACAACGACAAAGAGUAUACAUUCAUUUUUAGAUAAGUUUUUCUUUUAUGUUUUCAUACUAAAUAUUAUUAUCAUAACACGUUGCAAUGUUAUGCAACUGUUGUUCCACAGCCACGUGGACAAAAUCGUGCGCGGAAGGUUGUAGUUGGGCGCCAUAAGUGUGCAGAGGCGAAAACGAAUCAGUUUUGUGGGACGAAGCUGCUGGGAUCCCAUUUCGUCGUUGUUCUCGCGUACUUAUGGCGUGGAACAGAGGUAUGAAAUCGCAAAACGAACAGAAAAACUUUGGACUAUCUUCGAUCCGUUUAUAGUAAGUGGUAUUCGAAAAUUGAAAAUUGGAUCGGUAGCAGUAGCGUAGUGUAUGAAAGAGAGAGAAAAAAAUCAGGCUCAAAUGGAAGCGAAUAAAAUAACAUAAAAACGAGAUUCACUGGAUAUUACCAGAACUGGAUAGUAUCAGAGCGUUCUAGCGUAGCGUAUAAAUAUAUAAAGUAGCUAGAUUUCCCCUUUCCAUCCACUAGCGAUCGGUAGGAGGGUUAGCGAUAGUUUUGAGUGUAAAAAGUUUUUCAUUUAACAAAACGAUGCAACAAAAAGUCUGUACAUAGAAGAUAGAAGAUGAUUGACUGCCGAGCGAGGAAUGAAAAGCGUAGCGUAAGAGUUGUGCGGAAUGUGUAAAGAAGUAUGGUAAGAAGAAGGAGGAGGCUAGGAAAAAAUGCUGGUGUUGUGUGGGGGAAAAGUGUCCGGUUGGUGCAUUGUUAUUAAUCACCUUAGUUUUAAACAGGGCCGAAUCUGGAGUUUAGUGAGGACAGUAUAAGAGAGAAAAAAGAGUAAUCCGUUGAAGAAAAAAAUCGUUGUGUUUUAGUAUUAAAUAUGUAACCGAGGUAAAUUACUAAUAUACUUUGUCGGUAAACCGUGGUGACAAUUAAUCAGCAUCAUUUUUAUUUUAUUUCAUUAUUACUUCUAUGUAUGCGCUACCCAUAUAUUCGUACAUGGAUUCGCGUGGUUUUCCUUGAAGAGAAUAAUCUGAACGGAAGUAAACUGUGGCGGUGUGUGAAGUAGAGCUAAACUAUUGGUAUAGUGUUUGCAGGUCAUCCAAAAUAUAGGGAGUAAUCGGGUAGCCUUUUAGAGAUAAUAUGAAUAUAUAAUCCGUUAUGAUAUAGUGAAUGGUCUUCAGUACUGAAGGAAAGGGGGUGUAGUUCAAAUGUUAUUUGGCUUUUUUUCAAAGUGCUCUGUGAGAAUAUUUUAUCAACCUCCUUAACAUCGUCGGCAGACGGUUAUUUUGGUUAGCACACAGGAUCAUGAAUUUCUAUUCAUUCAAAAUAAUCACAUUAAAAUACAAAAUCCCGGUCUGGAAGGUCGAAAAAAACGAUUUUUUUGCAUUAUUGGAAAAAAAAUUGUCCUAAAAGGAUUUUUCGACAUUUGAUUGCGUUGGAAAGUUACAGUCAAAAGCAUGAGGUAACCUCAGGGGAGUACUGUUGCUGAACGAAACUAACGCGUUUGUCUCGAAACCAUUAUUUUUCAGCUAGGGGUAUCGAUAUGUCAGGAUCCACUCGACCGUUUCGGCUGAAAUUUUUUUGCAGCAUUUAAAAAAGAAUUGCCUGAAGCGUUGCAUAGCCAACGUUUGUGUACUCUAAAAAUUACUGCUUACGCAUAUAUAAUGAUCUUAAAUGUGCUACUUGCUUGGUAUUCGUUCCACUACUGAUAAACUAGAGAUGUGCCAUCCGCUCAUGAGCUGUUCCGAAGAAUCGACUCUUUGAAGUAAGUUGAGCCGGAACAGCUCGCAAAAAAAACAACAAGCCCUUCAGCUCACUUUGAUAAUAAUGCAGGAGAUAAAAGAGUUGAAGAAUUGCAGAGAGUGUGUGAGCUGUAACGUUCAAAUGAACUGACCACCUCUCGCUCUUCGUGUUAAGCAUCAGUUCAGUUUCAUUUGUUCCCCGUCUUUUCAACUCUUAUAUUUGCGUUGACGGCGUUGAGCUUUGUUCACCAGUUUAGGGGGCGCCAAAGAUAAUAAUUGGCUUCUUCUUCUGUGUAUCAAAUUAGUAUUCUAUUUAAAUGAAAAACACUUUGUUUGUAGGCGGUGAAAAACAACUCAUGAGAAAAUUGAUUUUGAAAACAACUUCAUAUUAUAAUGAAAAGUCUCAGUAAAAAUGUCGGAAAUGUAUAGACAAAUGGUUGAAUAAGAGUCAGGAAUACGUGUUUCAUGCAAUUAAAUAACAUUGUGUGAAAAAAUUUAAUUCAAAAUAAUAAAAUUGGAUUCGUGUAUUCUAAUCUGAUAGAGAUUACACUGUCGAGUUUGGGACCCAAAUUGAAAGUCGCCACCAGACGACGAAACUGACAACUGAGCUGAAGAGCUGCUCAUAAGGAACAGCUCUUUUAGAUGAUCUGAGCUGUUUAUCAUGAUCAGCUGGGUUGCACACCUCUAUGAUAAACAUACGGAUGAGAGCGUUGCUGUAUUCAUACCACCCUAUAAUGAUGGAAAACAUUUUGCACCUUUUGGUCCUAGUUCCAACCGACAAAAACGUCAUUUUCCCAAUUCCGUUAAUUGGUGGUCCUAAUUCCAAUAAUCAAAUUGUUAUAACUGAAUCGUUUUAAAUAUUAGUGCUGAUAAUAUUUUAUGUUGUAAACAAGUUAAAUGAGUCGAAAUCAAUGAUCGAAUGAAUUACAGUAGCAAUAUGUCGUUUAUUUAUUUGCAAAACAGCUUGUGAUGAAGAGGCUUCACUGGAUUUUCCUAUAAAACCUGAGUAAUUAACAGCAUCAAUCUCUGCCAGAUCUCUUUUGGUAUUCUGGAUUUGUACAGGUAUAGCAUCAACGUUGCCGCUAACUGCACGGCUGCAUUCCCACAAAACAGUGCAGAGUAAGCUUCUCGAUCGGUGUUAACUACUUUCGCCUGGUCGUUUUUUUUGGCCGGAGCCAGCUAAAACCAGUUCUUUUGUAAGUAUUGUACGUACUGCUGGUUCGUCCGAAUCGAACAUCUGUUCCGGACAUUUCAACACAUUGGACAGGGCUUCUUCCUCGAAAUACUCAUGGAUUUCGUGAAACCAGCGCCUGAUUUGUUGCUUGGAAACAGCUGUACGAUGCUUCGACAAUACGCUUGGCAUCCGUUUUAAUAUUCCUGAAUGCCGUUAAAUGAACCCAUUGAUUUAUUCAAUAAUCGGUAUCCCGUUUUUAAAUGAUUUGGAACGAGUUGGUUUUCUUACUUAAUGUGCUACACUUAACAGUAAUCUCUUCGUGUUCACGGGAAAUCCAGCUUUUGCUCUGGCUAACAGCCAUUCAACUAUUCGUCCUUCUGUGGCAUCGAGAACGGUUGCUUUCCCAGGACGUGGUCUAAUACUUUCUCGCGCAGUGUUAUCUACGGAAUUCCGUGCAGUUUGGUCGUUUUUUGAACGGGAAAUCCAUUUCUCAUUAUUUCCGCCGCGUCUGCUAUUUUCAACCUAUCUUAUUGUAUGCGUUUCUGACCGUCGUUGUUUUAUUCAUCGCAAUAUAGACAAUGAGAUCUGUUGGGUGGAAUAAGAAACGAGUAGAAAUAUUGGUAGCCUUGUUCCAACCAUGUUUAUUUUGGUGAUAACUUAUCGAAUUUGCAAUAAAAAGAUAUGAACAAACUAAAAAUCAGAGCAGUGUACCUGUACCGUUCGGUUUUUAUUGCUUUCGGGAAUUUUCGUUUACACUUUGUUUACACUUUGUAAAUUGAUAACAACAGUGCACAAUGCUGUUAGCCACUCUGCUAAGGAAAACAACAAAUAUGGCGAAUGAAUAUGGCGAAACAGUGUGAAGAAAUUGUAAUGUAAUAUCAACCAAACUCUAAUCGAUUACUCACAAGAUAUUAAAUUUUCAUCUGUCGUUGCACUGUAUAAUGAAAAACGUAGGAAAACUCGAGCUAGUGCUCUGAAAGUUAAAUUUUCAUUUUUCAAUUUUCCACAAUGGUAUUGUUUGUAUUGGUGAAAGCAUCGUUAUUUUCACGACACUGAUGCCAGAAAACAACUCAAUAAAAUGUUAUUCCUAAGUCAUAGUGUUCCAUGUCAUGAAAAUCAAUAAAAUAACAUUGUGUUGAUAUCAAUAGAAUUAUUAUUUUACGUUUAAUCGGUCUAUAAUGUAAGUUUUAGCAACUUUAACAUUGAUUAAGAAAAUUGUAUUGCAGAGCUCGGAACACUGCCACGGCUGCCUAUGCUUUCAAAAACAGUAAACGGAAAAGUAUUACAUUCAAUCAAAAUGCCUCGGCCAACGAAGAGAAUGGUUAAGGCUCUCUAACGUGAGUAUGUGAAAACAAUACGAUCAACGAAGGGAAAUAUUGAGGAAUUAUCAAUAUCGAGUUACUGUGCGGAAGAAUUUGUUCUUACCAAAAGAGCCAGAAUUCGCAUUUGCUCAUGUUACGCUCGCUUAUAAUCAUAAUUUUACUUCAUAUGCAAAUACACCUUCUAUAUAUAUAUAUAUAUAUAUAUAUAUAUAUAUAUAUAUAUAUAUAUAUAUAUAUAUAUAUAUAUAUAUAUAUAUAUAUAUAUAUAUAUAUAUAUAUAUAUAUAUAUAUAUUUAUAUUUGCAAUUGUUCAUACAUUUAACUUCAGUAUCGAAUUGUAAUUUUUUUUCAAUUGUAUUCUAAGACUCAUGUCAGUGAAGCGCCACACAGUUUGAUAAGUGAAUUGAUCUAUUUGCGUACGAAGAUCAGAACAAACGAAACAAACCGCUCUUCUCACACAAACACUAUUACCCCAUUUUUACAUGCAAAUUGAACUUUUUUCGUCAGUGAAGAUAACCUAUACCUUGAAGAACUUUUCGUUAUGGUUCACAACAAAAUGUAUUUUUUGAAAACAUUCUUUGUCAUGACAUAUCUUGCCCCACGGUCGGUUCAUGUGAGCUUUAGCAAAACUCAGAUGUCUUUCGAUGUGAGAUGGUGUAAGAUGAGGAGUUUUAACAUAAGCCCUCUUUAUGUGAGGAUUUUUUACCAAAAUUCGACGAAUUGUCACCUGAGCAGUUAAGUAGGUAAAAUAUUGCUUCUUUGCACAUGCGAUUCUGAGGUAUUCGAAGCUGUUCUAGCUAUUUCCCGCUCAUCCCGGUCAGAGAGCUACGAUUUACGUGGAACUCUCUCCUUCUUACCGUAUCCUUGAGGAUUCGCCAAAUAAUUGAGCACUACUUGAUGAAAUCGUCCAAUCCGACGAGAAAUUUCUCUGAUAUCAACAUUUUCUUGGUGAAAUGCUUCGUUUUGUCUUUCUUCUCUCUCUCGUGAGGACUUUUCGCUUCGGCAUUUGCCAGAUUUAAUUGAUCAAAACAACUAAAACAACGGAAAAUGUAACUGGUCUUAUAGAAAUUUGACAGUUGAAAAUACGAAAACAUUCGUUUAUGCUCAGUGCUUGCACACACACACAUAUAUGAAAAUCAUGCAGUGUAUGGUAGUCACCAUUACCUACACACUAGAAUAUAAAUUGAAGCAUUGUUUGUUUACAAUGACACAAAUCAGCAAGAUGACCACCUGGUCUUGUAGAGAUUGGACAGAGUGUAUAUGUGUUUUUGGAUAAAAAGUAGUAGUGGUUUCUGUAGGUACUCAUGUAAACCGUAACUGGAUUUGUUAUCUAUGGUGCUUGAAGUAACUAAUGAAGUAUUCUCUGUUUUGUCCACAACUACAUAUGACCUGUCAAACAAUAUAUUUUCAGCGAACUUUGAUAACAUUUUGGUCUUAAAAUGAUCACUGACCUUGUCACGUUUCAAUGCGGUAAAACAUUCAAGAUUAGGGAGCUGAUUUGAAUCAGCCUUGUUCGUUUCAUCAUUCAUCACCGCACAUUUAAAUUUCGUGAGAGUUGUGCCAUAAAGUGCUCCCGUGGCCGAGUGGUUGGCGUCCUACAUUAUCAUGCCGGGGUUCGGGUUCGAUUCCCGUUCUGGCCGGGAAAUUUUUCGUCAAAGAAAUUUUUUCCGACUUGCACUGUGGUCACGCGUAUUCUAGAGCUUGCCACUUCAGAAUACAUUCAGUAGAACAGUAGAACCUCGAUUAUCCGCGAGCGGUUGAUCCGCGGUGCGGAUUAUUCGCGAAAGUGAGUUGCCUAGUAAAUCUAUAAACCUUCCCGAAAUUUGUUAGUGAAUGGUAGAGUCUUGCUUUUUUGUGUUGGUCAUAGCUUUCACAUUAUCUGAUCAGUGAUGUACACGACUAGUGAUCCCCGAUUUUUGAAAUUAAUCGUUCAUCAGCUAAUCGAAUACAUUUUAGCAGUUUGUUAUUCGAUACGAUUAAUCGCUCCAAAUAUUCGAUUAAUCGAUUAAUCGUCAUACUGAGAGGAAUAAUUCGUUAGACUAAUAUUCCUCAUUUGCUAAAAUGCCAUCUGGAAUCAAAAAAGUGUUCAUUCCGCCAGAAAUUCAAUUAAUAUCGUUUACGCUCCCCUGAACUUGUAAACGAAGCUCAAUUCGCGUAGAUGGCAAUGAGUUUCGUUUACGAGUUUAAGGGAGCGUCAAUGAUAAUGAUUGACUGUCAGGAUAAAACUGCAGCGGCGGUACGUUUUUUUUUCUCUGGGUUUGAAUCGAUUAAUCGACGUAAAUUAUUCGUUCGCUUCGAUUAUUGGUUACGCAGUAUUCGUUCGAUUAAUAAUCGAUUUCUGUAGGAAGUAUUCGAUUAAUCGAUUAAUCGAACGAUUAUCGGGGAUCACUAUACACGACCUUACAGAUUGAUAGUUCAAUAAUUUCUGUAUUGAUGAAACAUAGUUUUCAUGCUAAAAUAUAUAUUUUUCGUGUUUGUACCUCAUUUUCAGUCUUGUAUUGCAUUAUCCGCGAUUUUCGUUAUACGCGAUGGCCUAGCCCGACUGUUUCGCGGAUAAUCGGGGUUCUACUGUACUACUAAUAAAAAUGACGCAAGUAAUACAUACCUACGGUGAGAAGGCAAAAGUUGUGUCAUAAAGAUAACAUGUCCUUGUUUUUGUACGGGUUUCCUGAUUUCGCUACGUUUAAAUAUGAUAGUAUGCUCCGGGCAUCGAAUUUUUGUCACCAAAUGAACACUGUGAACCAAGGAAACAUUCAAAAACAUUAGGUUUUCUUAGGUACAUGUACUUAGACGAAGCAAUUCAUCUUUUUAAAUUAGUCCAACAAAUUCAACGAUAUUUUGAAUCAACAAACAAACUAAAGGAAUUAAAUUUUCGGAAUUUUUGCUUUAGAUUGUUAAGUGUUUUUUAACUGUCAUCCCUGACAGCUCUCAUGUCUCACGUUUGUUUAUUGCUAAAUGGCUGUGCGUCCACCUCUCCAGCAAACGAUUGAGAGUUCAAGGUUAGGUUAGUUCAAGGUUAGAGACAAAUGAACUUUGUAGUUUAAAGCCUCUAUAAUAGAAAGUAUGAAAAAAAAAUUGACAUUGAUGUGACAUUUUUUUUUGAUUUUUUCACGCCCGGAGUUCCCGCAGAAUAUGAGUAUAAUUUGACAGUGUGCAGUGAAUGUUUGUGAAGUUAUAUCGGAAAAGAUGGAUUAAUUUUUGGAUAUCAUAUUCAAAAAAAAAACAAAAUAUUUUCAUUAUUGAUAGCAAGUUGAUACUUUCAAGGAUGCGAUUCAAGAAAAUAGUCUGCAAUUAUAACAGACCAAUUUGGCUUAUAACUUGGCAUAUCCCAGGACUAGAAGACUUUCAAGUCUUCUUCCACAAGCCUCAAACUUUUAUUUUUGGUCCUACUGAAGCUGGAAUGGGCAACAACCAUUACUCUUCGUAUUCGAACUAUUCGACGUUGACUUUGAAUUGAGGGGAUCUAUUAUAGAAACGACAAGGGUUGCUCGACGAAUACGUGUGGGUAAUGUUGCAGAUUCACUUUUGAUUGUUUCCUCUAGUUUCCUCAGUGAUAAAACGAAUAUAAAUCUCUGACUGGUGUGGAAUUUGGUGGAUGCUCAUUGAACCACUGUGAUUAAUUAAUCAAAGAAUAAUAUCUUCAGAUAACACUUGCUUGUUUGAUGGUUAUUUUAUGUUCAAAUUACGAUAAUUUUAAUUUUCUAUGUACGAGAAUCAUCUGGUGUUUUCAUUAGAUUGUCGGGUGCUUAUAAUUCAAGAUAAAGCGAGAUCAUGCAGUAUGUUUAUUUCUUCAGUUCAUAUCAACCUUAAUUUCACGCUUGUGUUAGAUAGAAGUCUUUCUCUGAAAAUUACAAUACAAAUUGGAGAUUUUCAAGAACUCCGAACCCAUAAAAUCAUCACUCGACGAGCAUCUUUGAAAUUGGGUUUAGGUCGGGAACGUAAGAUUGAGGCGGUUGCUGUGCCUUCUAUGGAUGCUAUUAGUUGGACCAAAAGUACCAUAAGAUAAUCCUGGGGCUCGGAAUGGUUCAGCAGGCAUAACACUGCCUUGUGGCGAAUCAAACCAGUUAUUUCUAGUUGGCCCGCUAAUCCCGUUCCACAACAGCGUCGUAUCCUUUCCCGCCUCCGCAUUGUACACACUAACCUAACCCAUAGUUCCUUAAUCACCAAACAAGAUCCCCCCAACUACAUCACCUGCGGUGUAUCCAUACUAACAGAGUGCAAAGCCUACAAUCAUGAACGUUCGUCCAACGGUUUAAACCACACCCUGGAGUUAGUACUUCCCCCACCCUUCGAGAAUGAAGUGAUCCGAUUCAUGAUUUAAACAUUCUAACAGGGACGAAUGACCUUUGGGUUAAAGACCCUCAAAAACAAGAACAGAACAGAACAGCAUCUUUGAAAAAAAAAAAAGAUAAAAACCAACCCCCCCCACUAGUGGAGUAGUCAGGGACGGAAAUAGUUUUAAUCGGAACAAAUUAGCUAUUCAUAUUAUACGCGCGUACAUUAUCAAGCUAGCUUAUUUUAGCCCCGAACCUUCCCCUCCGAUUCCCGUUAAAACCUAGAAGCAAAGAGACCGAGAGUUAAGUGCGUUGUGACAAGACAGUUUUUAAAAUCGUUAGGGCUGUGUAUAAUAUUAAUCAACCAUAUAAAAUAGGUACAUAAACAAAACAAACAAAAAAUCUAAUUUUAUUCAAAACAACCAUGCUAGCGCUAACAUAAGUCCAUAGAAAGAAGAAGUAGAAGCAAGUGUGAAAAGAGAAUCAAACAAAACAAAAAACAGGAACGAAAACGAAACGUUGUUGUAACGUAACGACAAUUCUUUCGAGCAAAAAAAAAAACAAAAAUUGAGGAGAUUAUAGUAAACCAACAUGUUGUGGAAGCGUUCAAAAUGUAGGCGAGAACGAACAAAAACAACCUAACCUGUCACGCAGUAUACUAGCCAAACCAUGUUUAAUUGUUAGGGGGAAACAAUUAGAGAACAAAAUGAUACGUACAGACCCUUCUCUAAAAUGCAAACAAAACGCCGGAAACCGGAAUCCGAAACAAACAGACAAAAAACAACAACAAUUUUGAUGUUAAGUAGUAGAGUUUAUUUCUAGUAGUAGCUAGUAGAUGUAAUGGGUAGACGAACAAGUUACUGAAACCUAGCGCGUUUUGGUGUUUGAAAAAAAAAUAGUCGGAGCGCAGCCACUGGGGGCGGUGAGAAUUGGUAUGUUCUUUAGAUAAGUGCACUUAUUAAUGAUAAUUAAAAGUGGUAAAAGAUGUAGUGGCAGGAUAUGAGAAUCAAGGUACCAUUAUUAACCGUCAUCCAGUACUAUGCUAUUCUGGUGGAGUGAACAAAAAAAAAAAAAAAAAACUAAGGCUUAUAGGUUUAUGUCAGAAUUUGUUUUUGCUUGUUUGGCGUCAUUUAUGUUACUUUAUGAAACACUGUUUCUAAUCGCCACAUACACUUUAGAACUGAAUUAAAACUUACAUGUAGAACAAACAAAAAAAAAAGCACUGAAUUAAACUUUUCGUUAUAAAUUUCCGCAUUAACCCCAUACCAAUCAUCGACUAACAUUAUCACUACUAUACACUUCUCAGCGGGAGAACAUAAUUUGUUUUUGUUUGAAUAUUAUAAAAGAAAAGAGCGAAUAAUAAACUAAACAAACAAAAAAAAAACGUUCGUUGGAAAGAGCGAAGAGACAAGAUUGCAAAAUUAUGUCAAAAUCAGAUACCAAAUUUUCGGUCGAAUCAUCUUGCAUGAGUAAAAAAAAUGUCAUCAAAAUUGCUGUAACGAAUGAUAUUUAUGAAACGGAAUGAGGAAAAAAACAGAAGUGUUGCGCUGAACGCAACGAAGUAGAUCAAAAAAAAGGUGAAUUUAAGAGAAGUAAGCAUUAGAAUAUUUAAUAAAA